UUAUAAGAUUCCUGUUCAUAUCUUUAGCAAAGCAGAAGCUCUUGCGGAUGGAAGGGUCAAGCGUACUUUACGAGUUUCCUGGGGCAAGUUCGAUGGUUAUGGCAAAAAUUCCAAAAUUGCCAGGGCUACUGCUGCAAAGCUGGCAGUGAAGGCGCUGGACAGGAGAGAUUCACCAGGAACAAGUCAAGGAAGUGGCUAAUCAAGGGAAUGGAUAUCAUGCCAUGGUAAUGGUGACAGACCACAACCUUUCGGAACAAGAAUCUAACGGAAUUAAGCCCAGGAAGACUUGCUGGCUUUUAUUAACUAAAAUAAGAUUGUACUUCAUUGUACUUUCAAUUCAUACUCACCUAACAUUGUGUUUUAAGAAUUGUGUUUUUUAAUUUUUUAAUUAUUUCUUUACUAAUGUGUAUUCCUUUCUUUAGCAUCCACAAUCAGGAUGAGUGUUAGACAGUUCCUUUAUACGUAAAUAACCAAACUUGCUGUGUAGCCUAUGAAGCAGGUGCAUGAGAAAUAUGGCGCGGGACGAAGAGCCAUACGCGCGAGGGAGGCUGAUCUCUCGUUUGCGCGACAGUUCAUCGGCCAUAUGAAUUAUAUAAGUCUUACUUAAAAGUGUUUUGACCAGAAAUCUUUGAAUUUUAGAAUUGUUGUUUUUUUGGCCACUCUUUUGAGUAUAAUAAUCAGAAUAGAAAUUCAACCCACUCCCUUUAGGAUAAUAAACAACAGCACCACCGGAAAAUACUGCCCAGUAGCUUUCAGAUGAAUGGUUAAACUUUAGGAUUUCACCCAUUUUCUCAGAUUUAUAUUCAUCUUGUUGGGUUCAGUGGCCUUUAUUUUUAAGUCACUGUUUAUAUUUUAUCAUGAUCCUCUACUUUGAAAGCUAAAACCAAUUUUCAUGACUGAAGCAUUUGAGUCAACGAAGAACUACCUCCUUUCACCCUUACAGGCUGUGAGAGUCAGUAAAGUAAUUUGAAAUAAAAAGGGUACUGUCAUUGAGCAAAGUCAGACCCUUCUGAGAAACUGCCCACCUACCCCUCCCCUAUGCCAACAUUAUCACUAAACUUGUCACUUCUCACCUUGCCCUCUUACUGAAGCACCCAUGUAAUAAAUUACGUUCAGGUAGAAUUUAAAAUUUGAAUCGUGUUUGGCCCUGGUGGCCGGCAAUAUGUAGAACUAUAAAUAAAAUUAUUUAAAUUGAAUAUAGUAUGUCCGUUAUUUUCUUGCGAAACCCUCUCGAAACUGGGUUUUCAUAGCGCCACUGACGGGGCGGGGAUUAGUAACUGGAUGGGUGACGGCUAGCCGCUGUAAUCACGUAGCGAAGAUCCCGUACGCUUGGCAAGCUCAACUUGGGUUCAACGACCGAAGUACGGAGCUGAGUCUGAUCCACUGGGCCGGCGGGGAAAGUGCCAGGUUAAUUGUCCGUAACUUGAAUUCCAAGGUAGAUUUAAGGGUAAGAAGCAAGAUUUUGACGCUAAAAAGGCCGAAAUGAAAUGCACUUCCCACACACAUCCCCGUCAGGGGCAAAAUAGUCUACUAAGUAAGACGCACUCACAAAUGUUCUUUGAUCUAGAUUUUCGCUCUUAUUUUGAAAAAACUAAAUUUAUCGCCAAAGCGGCACGCCGCAAGACACGGAUCAAGUUUGUCGCUUGAUGACUCAUUUCAUUGAGGACACCAACUGUAGAGAAUAUAGCCAACUCGUGUUUCUGCCUCGUUGUGCAUAUCCACGUACAUUCCGCCCGCGAUGCGAAUAAACCUCGACUACGCGAGGGCCUUCGGCCAGGGCAUCGUGAGGAAUAUCUUGCAAACCAGUGAAAGGAAAUUGAGACGUAACAUUCAAAAGCGAAAAUCACAAAGACAUGCAUCAUAAUUGGCAAAAAAUUCCCAAUAAAUUCGUAUUUUUUAACGGGUCGUGAUGCAACGUGAUUUCAUACGUAGCCCGUUUUUUGGCGGUGAAGGGCUGCGUGACGAGUCAAAAGGGGACUGCGUGCAAUAGUAGACUGGGCUAUGUUACAAAUGGUCUGUUUGAAUUUUGUCGAUGUGUAAAUAAGUUUGAUUUUAAGAAUGAUUUCUUUACAAAAAGAGUGCUUCAAUUAUCGUGUGAGCCACUGUUAAAACCUUGAUGCAUUCAUUUCUCGGAAUAACAAGCCAGGUGCUCUUGGAAUUCCCGGAAAAAUACUCAGGCCCUGAGGAUUAUAUCUCUGUCUUCCAGUCAAGUGUGGAAAGUGAAGACCGUAAUCAGCACAGCCAAUAGCCGACCCACACGCCAAGCCAAUAUUAAACUUCCUUGUUUGAAUCACGGGCGCUGAUUUAUCGAAGCUUACAAGCUGUCAUCCAGAAUUUUUUGUCUAAUUUGCAAGUCAAUGUGAUCGUGGAAAGUGAAGACAGCGAAAAUUCCUCAGCCUCCGGAAACAAAAUGGAAACCCAACAGAUUUUUUCCUCUAAAAGUAGAAUAGAUCGGUCAAGGAUGCGUACAAGAGUCGGAAUCUCUCCUCCUGUACCCUUCAAAUAUGGUUACUCCUUCACCAGACAAAAACGAACCAUUAUAUAUGGCAGACAAAAUUGAACAAGUGUAAAAUAUGAGGAGCACACAUAACCUUGAAGAUAAAAGUGGCCACAGUUUCGUCCAUUUAAGGUUCCUAAUUAAGUUUGCUUAGACCUCUGGUUAAAUUCAUCUUCAAAAAUUGGGGGCUAUCCACAGGGAUAGUCCAGUAGUCCAUGGACCGGGUCCACCCAGGGGUCCGGGGUCCGUUGACCGAGGGUCCAUGCCUGGGUGUUGUACAUGUUGUUGGUAACGUGCCCAGGCUGGUUAGAAACCCCAUUAAGAGAACCUUCUUUCAAUUGGGCGCCACCAAACAAUGAGUGACCAUUCAUGCAUUUAAUAGUUUCCCGGAAACACAUCUCAGGCGGCUCGGAAAUUCCCGGAAAAAUUUAGAGCCGAAAAAGUGCUUAGUGAAGCAAUUUAAAUUAACAAGCUACUCAGGCACUGAGAGUUUUAUUCCGUCUUCAAGUCAACAAAAAAACUAUUGUGUGUGUGUGUGUGUGUUUGUGUGUGUGUCCGCUGUGGAAGGUGUUGCACAUAUAAAGGGAUCCCCUGAUACAUUGGCCUUUCGCCGUCGAAAAUCUGAUCGCCGCACUUCCUUCUUUGAUUGAAGUUGAAAGGGACUUGUCGACGACCUACAGACGUUACAGAUUUUUUGAUUCCCUCGGGCAAGUUAGGGAAAUUGGUGACAAUGGAAAGCGAGGACAGCGCUUCGAGUUCCUCAGUCUCCGGAACUGAAACAGAAACCCAGCCGAAAGAUAAUGAUGUCGAGGCGGGAUUCACAGCUCGUCCUUACCAAGUGGAAUUACUAGAAAGGGCUCUGGAAAGAAACACAAUCGUUUGUCUCGGAACGGGAACUGGAAAAACAUUCAUCAGUGUAAUGCUAAUAAAGGAACUCUCUCACCAGAUCAGAGAAAUCUACCACAACGGUGGAAAAAGAAGUUUCUUCCUUGUUAAUACAGGUUAGAAAGUAUUUGUUUACGUUUUGUGUCAAAUGGAGGGGGUGGAGGUGAGGUUUGUACGGGCUGUAUGUGUAGCGUACCGGUGUCGUUUUCAAUUUGCGAUAUUCUCUUAAAUUUGAUCUUAAAGUGAUUCGCUGGUUUGCACUGCGCAUCUCUUACAGCACAAAACAAGAUGGCCGCCGUGAAAAAGAGCAUCUGACGUAACAUUACUAAAAUGAAGUUAACUGAAGAGAAAUGGUAUUGGAAUUUUCGCUUCCGGUUGUUUCUUGUCGAGACAGAAACUCAAUGUGUUGGAAAUGUGCAUAACGUAAGCAGUACGCGUGUUGCUGAGUUCGACUCCCUCACGGAGAAGCUCACUACACUUUGAUUUUAAGCGCCAUCUUUAUUACAUUAUGUCCUAACUGUGAUAUCUCGAUGUAAACCCGGUAAAAGGGGAUUUUCUAAUGCUUUCUUCCCCAUUCCACAUACAUGCCACUUUGAAACUCGUUCCAGUCCUCUCUCAAAAAUAGGAGGUAAUACAUUUGGUGCGCACUUUCUGCAGCUCUACCGCAAAAACGAGUACGGUGAUCCCCUUUUUUCAUUUCACGAUCUCUCAAUGAAAAAAAUUGGCAUAAAUCUGUCUUCAGUUUUUUUCAGCAAUUUUACUAAAUUGUACGGAUCGAGCUAUAACGGGUCGAAUAGCGCGUGUGCCAAAUAAGUUUACUUUGAGGUGUAAAGUACAACCAAGGGCAUUAAAAGGCGUUUUGUGGUACCUAAGUCGAUAAACAAUACAUUUAAGUCAAAUUCUGUACGAAACCACAUGCAUUAUCAAAAAAAUCUCUCCUUUUUGUCUAGUUUUGGGCUGCGCGCGGUUUUUGCCAAAGGGUCUAUAAAUAGCCGUAUUUGUCAGCAUUGUGACGUGAAAACGAGCUGAGUGAUCCCCACCUUCUUUUACAUUUUUAUAAUCUUCUUGACUUGUUACAUCAGUGUACCAAGUUUCAUCUACAAUCUAUGUUAGGUUCUUUUACUAGGGAAUCACCCUUAAUUCCACUGUAAUUUGAAUUAAAAUCUUUUGGCUUUUAAAAUCAGUACAGUAUGUGGACCUUGGUCCGCACGAAAAAAGGACGUAAAUGAGUAUUUCUUAUCUUAGAAGAGGAGUAGUGAGCUGAAAUUUGUCCUGUAAGUUGCCGAAACAUUUAACUAACUUAUGACAAACCGACAGCUUCUGAGCUUUGCCGAAAACCCUGCAUCAUAGAAAAUGACCGCUCCGUUUGAAGGUCCCUGGUCCGGCCAGUGGUUCCUCGGUCCGGCCACUUUGGCCACUUGUAAGUAGGCCUUUCCAGAUUCUGCUACUUUUAGGAUUUUGAGCAACUUUUUGUCAGAGAGCAACUUCCAGCAACUUUUCGGGCAACUAGCACUUUUUUGGUAACUUUUGGGCUAUUUUGAACCAAAAUGCUGAAUAACCCCCUUUUUUUAAUAAGUAAAUUAAAAUUCUCAUCUUGGUUAAAAUUCCAAACAUCUUUCUAGUAAAACUCAUAUUUUUACCCUUGGAAUGGGUAUCGUGUAGACGUAGCCUCAACCUCGUUCACAGGGCUUUUCCCUUCUCGUGGGGGGCGCCCCCCACGAGAAGGGAAAAGCCCUGUGAACGAGGUUGGGGUAGCCUGUGGACUGUGUAAACAAAAUGGCGGACGCCAGAUUGUUACACUUACUGUCUAACUUUUUGUAACUAGCCACUUAGAUUCAACUAAAGGUUGCCUAAUUUGUUGUAACUAUAUAGUUACUUAGUUGUACCUUAAUGUUGAUUACAAAGCAAUUGUUAUUGAAAUUAGACAUGCUAUCUUAAAAAUAUUCGAGCAACUUUACAAAAUUCUUGAGCAACUUUUUCAAUUUUGAGCAACUUUUUGGCUUAUUUCUUAGCAACUUUUUACCUUUUUCGGAGCAGAAUCUGGAAAGGCCUACUUGUAAGCCGGCAUGCAAACUGUGCGCAAAAAGAACCGUUCCAAGCACCAACUGAUCUAAAUUCCUGUAUAUUUUCUAUAGGCAUCAUUUUAACUCCGAAACCAAAUGAGGGUGAGGACAAAACAUGGACCAGGGGUCCAUGGACCCCCACUUUGGAUGGGGUCCAUGGACCACUUUCAUGGACUGGGUCCAUGGACAGUUUUUUUAAUAAUGAGAAAUGAACAAAAACAGAAAUAGUGCAAAAAUAAGGUUAAAAAACAACAACAACAACAAACAAUGCGCGAUUGAUCAGUAAUGUUUAAUUGUGCUUACAUAGUGUAAAAAAGGGGGGGUGGGUACCUCAUGCCAAAAUGCUGCUUGUCCCAAUGAAUUGUUUUCUCUGAUGGGUAGAUUAUGCUUCGGAGGAAAACCUUUUGACUGAGCAAAUGUGAAUUUUUGCAGCUUAUUUCAUACCGAGAGGUCGUGACACACAUAUUGAUUUUCUACCUCUUUUAAAAUGUACAGCUGUUUAUUGCGGCUGAUCAAAAGGGUUUUAGGUUGUUUAAUUUCUCCAAAGUGCAUCCUGGAUCUGAAUAAUUCUAAGCCACUUUCUUUUUGUCCAUGAAUGCCACUUUUUCCUGCAAUGUUUUGUCACGCUGGGCCCAGCUCCUUAGCGCUUUUAGCAGGACGAUUAUAAAUUCUCACGGAUAGUGAUUUACAGAUCCAGAUCUUGAAGAAGAAGAAGUGGCAGGGAUUGUAGCUUAAACUGAAGCUACAUCAACUAUGGAGAAUUGCGAUGUGACUCAGUCAUGAUUGCUCUAAAAGCAAUGAAUUCUUAACUCCAGCUUGUUUUUCUAAGCGUGAUGCGAAUCUUUGUACUGGAGCGCGUAAUUCCUCUCUUGGUGAUAACUUUUGAAUCAGCUUAAUUUAACAGUCUUGUGACUGCACACGUGCAAGCAGAGUGUAUGUCAUGUAAGCACAACUAAAUAUUUGUGAUCAAUCGUGAGCAUUGGUCGACAGCGUCUCGUCAAAUCUUUUUUUGGCACUAUUUCUGUUUUUGAGUGUCCAUGGAUUUGGUGCAAAACCUUCUUAUAAAAAUAAAAAAAAACUGUCCAUGGACCUGGUCCAUGACAGGGGGUCAAUGGACCCGGUCCAAAGAGGGGGUCCAUGGACCCCUGGUCCAUGUUUUGUCCUCACCCACCAAAUGAGAUUUCUGUGUAAAGAGCUAUAGUUUGGUCUCAUGUGCAUGAAGAAUUAAUAGUUUCGCUUCUGUGCGAAAGUGUGUCGUGCAGUUACGAUGCGACGGCAGCGAAAUCGCCACAUUUUAAAUGAAUUCAGUCAAAGUUUAGAGGGAGAGAAAAAUUUAAUUUGUCGUCGCUUGUCAAAAAAAAAAAUUCCGUCAGGAAAUUUCACGCAGCAACAGCAAAGAAAUCCGACCGAAAAGCGUGCGUCAUCAUCGACGUGCAGUCCGUGCGGAGUAAUUUUUUGCUGGUUUAACCCUAAGCCCUAGCCUGAGAAAACAGUCGACAUUUGGCGACGCUACACGUUUCCCCGCCAAAUGACGUCUGAAAUACAAACGCAGAAAUUCCAUACUGAUGACGCGUCACUACCCAGAUCUGGGUGGCGCUUUUGAUUGGUCGUCCGCGUGGGAAAUUUUGAUUCAACCAUGUGAUUCAAAGUCGAAAGAUCCUCACUUCAAUUUAUAAAUCUUAAUUUACUAAGAACUAAACGAAACGAAAACUAAACUUUCUGAGGCCCUGCCUUUUCAAUCACUAUUUGGCUAGGGCCAAGUACGCAAAAUUUACUUAAUAAUAUUAUCUAAAACUUUGGUUUCAAAAUUCAACCUGUCGACCGAAUUUUUUUGCACUUCGAAAGAACAUGUCUUGUAAACCAUGUACACAAAAAAUUAGCUUUCUUAACGCACUUAAUCGCAUAUGCAGGAAUUAAAAAUAUAUCCAAAUAAUUAAAGGCACCAUAAAAAGACAAAACUUAUAGAACAAAAUUCAUCUACGUUCGCGUUAACUUGAUUUCCAGCCUUUCCUAACAUCAGGACAACCUCUAAUCGAGCUUAAGAAGGCAAACAGAUCAUUAAAAACUCGGAAAGUUUAUUUUACCUUAUUUUCUUCCCGCUUCAUCACAAAGUAAAACCCGCCGGACCAAGGACCACCAGUGCAUACGUACUGUAGUGUACAUUCUCGAACACACUAAGAUUUACACCACAAGGGUCCGUGCACACUUCGGCCAAUCUAAUUUUCCAUUUUUCCAACAAAAACGGAAAAAGGAAAUAUUACUUAUCCUUAUCAUAUUUACAUAUUUUAAAGUACGGACUAAAAUAGAAAAAAAGAAAAUGGUCAGGAAAAUUGAUCAUUUUUUCAUUUUUCUAAUUUUGAAGUCCACUUCAAAAAUACAAAAAAUACUAUAAACGGCUAAAAGCGAUAUUUUGCUAUUUUUAUUUUCUUGAUAUUGUUAGAAAAGUGAGAAAAAUAAAAUAAUCUCCGAGUCCUAGAUCAUUUUUCGAUUUUUCCGUUUUUCCUAAAAAAUCGAAAAACAGAAAAAUGAAAAAAUGAUAUUUAUUUGAACCAUUUUUUCAUUUUUUCUAUUUUGUUCAAAAAAUGAAAAAAUAGAAAAAUGGCACACCUAUCGCCUAAUUUCCAUAAUUCCAUUUUAACAAGAAAAAUGAAAAAAAUGACAAGGGUUGCGAAUAAUUUUUCCAUUUUUUCAAUAAAUAGAAAACAAACAAACAAACAAAACCGGACAAUUUUUCAUCUUUUGUUUUAAUGAAAAAUAGCAAAAAAAAAAAAAAGAUAAAUCAUGAACAUUUACCAAAAAAGAAAAGAAAAACCUAAUCCACUUUAGACUCACUAGUUUUGUUAGCCGAUUUACACAGGGUCGAUGGAGACGUGGGAUGGGGAGGGCGGGUGGGGGCCCUUUAGUUCUCGGAAUGCGAACGUAGUUUCAUUGACUUUUGGAUUUGAUUAGCUGAUUCCUUUACCUCAUUACUUAGGACUCACUCUGUGACCUGUUCUAACACUGUGUCACCAUAAAGUGUUCCUGUUGCAUUUAAACUGUGGAACGUUAGCCCAUACUUGCUCUUUGCUCUCCUCUUUCAAGGGCUGAGUUGCUUAAAAGGUGGAUAACGCUAUCCGCUCAUAUUCCGCUGGAUAAAUAACUAUCCAGUGGAUAAUGCAAUUGGUUUCCCUAAAAUACAUGAAAAAUUAUCGGGCCGCUGGAUAGUAAUUUAUCCGGUGGAUCGUCGCUAUCAAACGUUUAAACAAAUGUAUGAGCAAAUGUAUGGACCAGAGCAUUAAGAUGUUCUUUCCAGCGAGUGUAUACUAGGCGCCUCGUUAUUUUUCUCCUCCAUAAUAAUAAUUCAAUAUACUUUACACCCGUUCUGCGGCAAGAUCUGUUAUUUUGGAAGGCUAAGCAGUCUACUUUUGAGCAACUAUUUCAUUUAAAAGCGUCUGACCUCUUCACUGGCGUGCUUUUUAUUUAUUUUGUGCAUGUGACUGUCCAACGACCUUCUUGUUUUCCCCUUAAUCUCUCUCACGAACCGCUUUUUUUGUGCUGGGACCAUAGUGUUGCUGGCAUGAACACCGUUGAGUUACCCCCCUUUAACCGUACCAAUUUUCACGCCUCCUCCUCCUCCCUCGUACCCUUUCUAAUAUUCUUCAUUUCCACGACCGGUACGGUACGGUUUUCCCGUCCACAGUCGACUCCCGACAACUCAAACCUUCAGGGAAAUCGAGAUCAAAAGUGAAUGGAGCUACGUCCGCAUCUCGAAAACUAAGCCGCCCCCCUCCCCAAAUUCCCCCACAUCUCCGCCGACCCUGUGCAAAUCUUCUAACCAAAUUAGUGAGUCGAUACUGGAUACGAAUUAGGUUUUUCCUUUCUUCACCGUUAAAAUAUUCAUAACGUCUCACUUUUCUGCGCCAUUUUUCACUAAAAUAAAAAAUGAAAAACUGUCUGAAAGGGUGUAUCGUUAAAGUUAAAUUUAUCCAAAAAAAAGAGGAAAAAUAGAAAAUUGCUCGCAACACUUGUCAUAUUUUCAUUUUUCUUGUUAAAAUGGAAUUAUGGAAAAUUAGGCGAUAGGUGUGCUAUUUUAGUAUUUUUUCAUUUUUUGAACAAAAUGGAAAAAAUGAAAAAAUGGUGCGAAUAAAUAUGAUUUUUUCAUUUUUCCGUUUUUCUAUUUUUUGCGAAAAACGGAAAAAUAGAAAAAUGAGUUAAGAAUCGGACAUUAUUUCAUUUUUCUCAUUCUCUAACAGUAGCAAGAAAAUAGAGAAUAGCAAAAUAUCGCUUUUAGCCGUUUACAGUAUUUUUGGAAUUUUUGAAGCGGACUUCAAAAUUAGAAAAAUGAAAAAAUGAUCAAUUUUCCUGACCAUUUUCUUUUUUUCUAUUUUUUUCUGUACUUUAAAAUAUGUAAAUAUGAUAAGGAUAAGUGAUAUUUCCUUUUUCUGUUUUUGUUGGAAAAAUGAAAAAUUAGAUUGGCCGGAGUGUGCACGGACCCACAAGUCACCUAGCAUUCACUUAUUAAUAAAUAUGUGGCCCCUGCGGCAAAGUGAGAACUAGCUUUUGCCUUUAAUAUUCCCUAAGUUUCUAUAAAUUUCGUAGGCAUUUAUAAUCAUAGCAUUUUGUAGUGUAAACAACCAAAACUGAUCAAACUUAUAUUCAUCAGCUCUUUCCUUUGAAGCUGUCGACAACCAUAAUUCAUGAUAACUGCAAAUUAUGUUAUUUAAGGAACUAUACAAAAAACCUUAGAUUAACAAUUUGUUACAGUGGGGUCUUUUGACUAUAUUUUAUUUUCUCUCAGUUCCUUUAGCCAUCCAGCAAGCCAGAGUGAUUAAGAAACACACAGAUUUGAAGGUGAAGCAUUAUGUUGGCGAGAUGGGAGUCGACUUCUGGGACAAAGACAAGUGGGAAAAUGAGUUCAAUGAAAACAAUGUUUUGGUGAUGACUGCCCAGAUUUUUCUCAAUCUUCUACUCCAUGGUUUCAUCAAACUUUCACAAGUAAAUCUUCUGAUAUUUGAUGAAUGCCAUCAUGCCAAGAAGAGUCAUCCAUACAAACAAAUCAUGAACCGUUUUGUUGGUUGCCAAGAAACUGACUAUCCAAAGAUCAUGGGUCUAACAGCAUCUGUAGUUAAUAAAAAGGUGAAACCAGGGAAAAUUGAAUCUGAAAUCCAAGAACUGGAAUGCACACUGAGGUCAACAUGCGAGACAAGUCAAGAUGAAGAUGUUGGGAAGUUUGCUUCAAAACCAAAUGAACAGAUCAUUCAGUUUUCAAAUGCUAACUUUGACGACAGCACAAUCAUCUUACUACAAAAACUUCAAGAAGUUUUAAGACCAGGAAUGAACUACCUUCGUGACUAUGAAGUCCAAGGUGAUGGUCCAUCGUGGGAUGCUCAAUCGUUUGCCUUGUCGGCACUGACUGAGUGUCAAGAGAUUUUAUCAGAAAUGGGUCCCUGGGCUGCCAACAAAAUUGCAGGAUACUUAAUCAAGGACCUACAAGGUAAAGUGACAGAUCCACACCUUCAGAUAAGGGGGAGGGGAGGGGGCAGCCAUCCUGACCUUGAGAUAUGGGGAAGGGUGCCGGUCUCCAAAAAGGGAGGGGGGGGCAGGCCCCUCCCCUGGAUCGGCCACUGAAAGUAUGGUCUAAAUCGCAGGGCUGUCAAGCAGUACCCAGUGGUCCCCUCGUUUUCUUUUUGGUGUUGUUUUUUGUCUUCAUUCAAACCAUAUUGUGGGUUCCUCCAAUUUUUAGUUGCUUCGAGUGCAGCCUUGAAGCUCAUGACGAAAAGCAUACUUAAGAGGAUCUUAACAAUUACAUAGCAAAGCAUAAGUAAUUGAAAAUUGAAAUAACUGCUUGUUCAAAGUAAUGAUUUUAUAGUGUUAGACCAUCACUUUUUUGUUAUGAUCUAAACUUAGAAACAAGUAAUUAUAAAGAGAUUUUAUGCCUUUUCUUGGUCAUGUAAUACUGCAUAGAAUUUUUUGGUUAUUAAUAAGGAUAGGAACUUUUUUUUUAGUUUUUAUAGACAGAGUAUGCAUGUUUCAAGACUGCAAGGAAGGAAGAAUGUUCUGUGAGUUUAGCAAAACACAGCUGCAACAACUACAAGGUGUUUAUAACAAUUAUACAUCCACUCUUGGCAGUGGGGAGACCGACAGCACUGAAAAGUUAUACGUAAUGCCCAAAGUAAAGGAGCUGUUGUCUGUUUUAAAAAAAGAAUAUGGGAAUGCACAAAACAGUGGUGAGUUAGUAAGUUUCGAUAAUUGUAACAAAAUGCUUGCAAAUACACUCAAAUUUCCUGCAGUUAUAUAUCUUAAAGCUGUCCCAGUAAUUAAUGUCAUCUAAAACUAUCCUUCCUUUGGGCUAAAGCAAAGUGUCCUUGACAGUUUUGAAUCUGAUAUGAAGGAAAGGAAAUCAAGAACAAAUGCAAUCAACACUAAACCACCUACGUAGAGAGCGUGCGCCCCCUAUUAGAUGCCUUGUAUGGUCCCACAUCUCAGCCCAGCCUGCUGCAAAAAAAGUGUCCCCAUUCUGUAAUCUUACAGCCUACUCAUGAAAAAAGGUUUCACGUAGUAGGAUUUCUGAACCUGUGAGCAAGCUCCCUUGGGGAUAUCUGGGCUCCACAAGGAAGAUAAAGCAACUUUUUGACUCAGUGGAAUAAAGACACCGCAUAGAAUUGGGGUGAUGCGUUGCGACUGAGAUGCUUUUAGACUACGAAGAUGAGGUUUGGGGGAGGUUCUUCCCUUCCCCUAAAUCCUAUCCCCCAAACCAAGAGGAAAAAGUACAGAGGAUAAGAAAGCAUGCUCACAGACUGCCAAACACGUGGCUGUGUCCUAGCCUUAAGCCUUUCGCCUUUGCUCCUCACGACCAUCUUGAGUCUCAUCUUGGGUUUCUUGAUUUGAAAAGAAAGAGAAUGCAUCAGUCUGCAGGUUGGACGAGCAAUGAAAAUCUUCACUAGCGUACUACUGUUUUUUGUUUAUAGAGAACAAGCUUUGUGGCAUAGUGUUUGUAGAAAGGCGAUGCACAGCUCUGGUACUCAGUGAGCAGAUAAACAUUGCUGCAAAAUCAGAUCAUGAGUUGUCCUUCAUCGAAAGCAGCUUUGUGAUUGGCCAUGGCACAGGUGGAAAGGCUAAUUACUCCAAUGAAGCAGAGAUGAACUUCAAGAAGCAAGAAGAGGUAUUGCGACAGUUCAGGCUACAUGAAUUCAACCUUUUGAUUGCAACUUCUGUUGUUGAAGAAGGGUUGGAUAUCCCAAAGUGCAACUUGGUAUGCCGGUUUGACUUUCCAAUGACACUCCGUUCCUAUGUGCAAUCAAAGGGCCGAGCACGUGCCAAGGAUUCCAACUAUAUAAUCCUUGUAGAUGAGGAAGAGUACGAGGAAAAGCAAGGCGAAUUGGAGGUUAGUGAUCAUUUCUUCACUGUGUGAAUAAGAAUGUUCUUACGAUGUAAGAAUACGUUGCACUUCCAACAACGUCUUUAAAGGGUUAUUUGUUCUCCUUCUUCGUCCAUGGCGGAUAAUAAUUACCAGCAACGAAGAAGUAAGAAGUCAUCAUUUUCCAACUUCUUUUCUGUUCAGUGAAAGUGAGGUUCACAAUGCUGUUUUAAACAGUUUAAAAAUUACCAUUUCGAUCAAGUCACUCUAUGCCAGGAGUUUCUUAGCAUCCAACUUCGAUAAUUCCUCUUACGUUACCAACGUUAAAACGCCUUCCACUUGUAACGCACGUGUGAUUCAGGAACAGUAGGUAAAGUGUCUUAAAUACGCUUUCGACAAAAAAAUUGUGAUGUUUGCGUCACAAUUUGUACAGAGAACUGUGAACGUGUUGGCAUGAAUGGUGUCUCAGUUGAACACAGCCGUGUUCAUGUAGUCACAUUAUAUGUUAGCGAAUUUUUACCCCAUUCCUAGACUAACAAUCAGCUUUGGAUAACAGUGUGUUGCUUUUAAUCGUCAGAUGAUGCGUGAAAUUGAGAAUUGUCUGUCAAAGAAGUGCCAUGGCCGCAAAGAGCCAAGUAAAGAGGAGUGUGAAGAAGUGGCUGGCGCGGACAGUUUCUUACCUCCAUAUGAACCUGAGAACCGUACAGGAGCAAUAGUCACCAUGGAGAACAGCGUUUCUCUUCUUAGCAUGUAAUAUUACGGAGCUUAAGCAAACACACUUUUGAGCAACGCAUAUCAACCGGAAGUAGACUUUUUGCAUUCUUGGGCCGUGGUUUUGCCCAAAUGUUCUAGCCUGCAUAAAUAUAACUGGCAAGAUUGUUGUACCCGGGGUACUUUCUUGGCAGCGGAGCCGCCACACGCAGCAAGAUUGAAGCCGCAAGGGAAAAUUUCUUAUGAGUUUUGAAUGCCGCCCAAGUUUGUCACUUGGUUGGAACUAUUUGAUUUAAUAGAGCGGUGUAAUAGGAAACUGGCAAAAAAAAUAAAACAUAGUAGAGAAUCAAGUCAUGGACAAAACAACUACAUGUAGCAAGUUAUUGAGGAUCCAGGCAGAGUGCAGCUACUCAAAACUGAGGAAACUAAAACCUUUAUUAAAACCUUUAUUUAGAAUCCUCCGCCCGUUUUUCUGUGCCAGUUUUCAAUGAUCAAGCGCUCUUUUGAUGUUAAACUCGGAUGGAUCGUGGAGUUUGCAAUGCAUGACAAAAGGUGAAAGAAAAGAUGCACUUUUGAUAUAGAGCCAAUUUCCUGUCGUAAAACGAGAUUAGAUUCACAUUAAACGGGAAAAAGCCUCACUUCCGGUUGCUGUGCGUGGCUGAAAAUCGACUUCGCUUAAACUCCCUAUUGGCUUUUUCAGGGCUGCCAACUGUUUAUUUUUGUUUUGUUCAGUUGGUCUUGUUUUUGUUCUUAACCUUAAGGAUCGUAAACGAACUUGCUCUUUGGUCACUUGGUUCCCGGGCCCACUGCCUGCGGGUACUGGCUCAAAAUGGCAUUGUGUUUACACCUUCGGCUCCUGAUAUAUAACUGUGUACACAUUUGCCCCAUUUUUCACUGUCAUAAGUUUUUUGACACGUAAGUGAAGCAGAAACUUAUGGAAAAGCAAAGCAGUGGAUUCCCUCGAAAUGAACAGAAAACGUGUGCACAUGGGGAACCUGUGCCACUUUUAAUUUCCCCACUGAAGGACAAGGUCUGGUGCCCGGGCACUAAGUUUGAACAUGGUCGUAGUAAAUAUGCACAACAGAGGAGAUCCCCCCGCUUCCCCCAACAAACACACCCCUUUAGAUGCCUGCCCAGCUGGCUUUAUGCUGCUUUAGACGUUCGCGCCUUCCAUGAACUGGUAUUAUUAAGACCGAGUAGACUAGACUGCAUAAAUGCUCUGUUUUUAAACUAAGUAUUAAACAUUCUCUGACCUGGACUGUUUCUCUAUCUUACUAUACUUCAGGUACUGUUCCAUGUUGCCGAGUGACAGAUUCACACACCUCAGCCCAGUUUACAAGAUAGAGGAAGUUGAGGAAGACGGAAAAAUGUAUUUAAGUGUGAACUAGAACUGCCAAAUAACUGCCAGCUGCGAGGAACUAUACGU